UCAGUGGGAGAGAAAAACUGCGAGCGCGUUGGGGAGGCAGGAAAGAGACCCGAAGAGGGGCUGGGGGAGGCAGAUAAGAAGGAGGAAGCAGGAGGAGGGAUCCAGGGGGACAUCCCCCAUCCCGCAGGAGAGGGAGAAGGACAUGAGGAGAGGACGGAGGAGUGCAGCAGCAGUAGCCCGGCGCGGAUCUCCCGCAGCUGCGGGGGCGGCGCGGUGAAAGGAGAAGGACCCUGCGAGGAAGGAGGCGGCGACGGCUCAGGAUCCAGGCUCGCCCAGCAGCUCCGGGCGGCUCAUGCCAGGCUGCGGCCGCGGGCAGGCAGCUGCUGCCACCGCUUCUCCUUUGGCUGCUUCCCCUUCGCAGCUUUGCAAACAAGCAUUGGGCUUUGAUCGCCGCCGGGCGGCCCCACCCCCUCGCGUGCGCUGCGGUCCCUCCACCCCCCAGGCUGCUCCGUGACCGGGGGAAUGAACGGAAAAUGAUCAAAAAUGUCUGACAAAAUGUCCAGUUUUCUGUACAUCGGGGACAUCGUGUCCCUCUACGCGGAAGGCUCAGUCAACGGCUUCAUCAGCACCCUAGGGUUAGUGGAUGACAGAUGUGUGGUUCAGCCAGAGGCAGGUGAUCUUGCCAACCCUCCUAAGAAGUUCAGAGAUUGCCUUUUCAAGGUGUGUCCUAUGAACCGAUAUUCUGCACAGAAGCAGUACUGGAAAGCUAAACAAGCCAAACAAGGAAACCAUACAGAAGCAGCCUUGCUUAAGAAACUACAACAUGCGGCAGAAAUGGAGCAGAAGCAGAAUGAAUGCGAGAACAGAAAGUUGUUGGGCGAAAUUGUAAAAUAUAGUAAUGUCAUACAGUUACUGCACAUAAAAAGCAACAAAUAUCUCACUGUCAAUAAGAGGUUACCAGCUCUUUUGGAGAAGAAUGCUAUGCGGGUGUCUCUGGAUGCUGCAGGGAACGAGGGGUCCUGGUUUUACAUCCAGCCGUUUUGGAAGCUGAGGAGCGAAGGUGACAAUAUAGUUGUGGGAGACAAAGUUGUCCUGAUGCCAGUCAACGCGGGGCAGCCUCUGCAUGCCAGCAAUAUAGAGCUUCUAGAUAAUCCAGGCUGCAAAGAGGUAAAUGCUGUUAAUUGCAACACAAGCUGGAAAAUAACUUUAUUCAUGAAAUACAGUUGCUACAGAGAAGACGUUCUUAAAGGAGGGGAUGUUGUUAGACUCUUUCAUGCGGAACAAGAGAAGUUUCUGACCUGUGAUGAAUACGAGAAGAAACAACAUAUUUUCCUUCGUACAACAUUGCGUCAGUCAGCCACUUCUGCAACAAGUUCUAAAGCACUAUGGGAAAUAGAGGUUGUACAUCAUGAUCCAUGCCGUGGAGGGGCAGGACAAUGGAAUAGCCUGUUUAGAUUUAAACAUCUAGCCACUGGGAACUACUUAGCUGCAGAGCUUAAUCCACACUAUCCGGAUGGGAAUAUUGAAGGAAAGGUCAUGAGAGACAGCGACCUUCCUGCUUCAAAGAAGAAGCGGCAAGCAGGGGAGAAGAUUAUGUAUACUUUAGUCUCUGUACCACAUGGAAAUGACAUCGCAUCUCUCUUUGAACUGGAUGCCACCACUCUUCAGAGAGCUGAUUGCCUGGUUCCAAGGAACUCUUAUGUUCGGUUGAGACACCUAUGCACUAAUACUUGGGUGACCAGUACUAGUAUUCCUAUAGAUACAGAAGAAGAGAGGCCAGUGAUGUUGAAGAUUGGGACUUGCCAAACAAAAGAAGACAAGGAAGCUUUUGCCAUCGUAUCGGUUCCUCUGUCUGAGGUCAGAGACUUGGAUUUUGCCAAUGAUGCCAACAAAGUUUUAGCAUCCACUGUUAAAAAGCUGGAGAAUGGAACAAUAACACAAAAUGAAAGGAGGUUUGUAACUAAGCUGUUAGAAGAUCUCAUUUUCUUUGUUGCUGAUGUGCCUAAUAAUGGGCAGGAAGUUUUGGAUGUGUUGAUCACCAAGCCAAACCGGGAAAGACAAAAAUUAAUGAGGGAACAAAAUAUAUUGGCCCAGAUAUUUGGGAUCCUCAAAGCUCCUUUUAAGGACAAAGGAGGAGAGGGAUCGAUGCUGAGACUUGAAGAUCUAGGAGACCAGAGAUAUGCUCCAUACAAAUACAUGUUAAGGCUAUGUUACAGAGUCAUCAGACAUUCCCAGCAGGACUAUAGGAAAAACCAGGAAUAUAUUGCUAAGAACUUCUGCAUCAUGCAGUCCCAGAUUGGUUAUGAUAUUCUGGCAGAAGACACCAUCACAGCUUUGUUGCACAACAACAGAAAAUUACUUGAGAAACACAUCACGUCUAAAGAAAUAGAGACAUUUGUUAACUUACUCAGGAGGAAUCGAGAGCCAAGAUUCUUGGAUUAUCUAUCAGACCUGUGCGUUUCUAACACAACUGCCAUACCAGUAACUCAGGAACUCAUCUGUAAAUUUAUGCUGAGUCCAGGAAAUGCUGACAUCCUCAUCCAAACCAAGCUGGUUUCAAUGCAAAUAGACAAUCCCUUGGAAUGCUCAAUCAUCCCAGAGGAUAUUGAUGAGGAGGAGGUCUGGCUGUACUGGAUUGACAGCAACAAGGAACCACAUGGCAAAGCUAUCAGACAUCUGGCCCAGGAGGCUAAGGAAGGCACAAAGGCUGAUUUAGAAGUCCUUACCUAUUACAGGUACCAAUUAAACCUCUUUGCAAGGAUGUGCCUGGAUCGUCAGUAUCUGGCCAUAAACCAGAUUUCAACACAGCUCUCAGUAGACUUGAUCCUACGAUGUAUGUCUGAUGAAAGCCUUCCUUAUGACCUCCGGGCUUCUUUUUGCCGUCUUAUGCUGCACAUGCACGUUGACAGAGAUCCUCAGGAGUCAGUCGUACCCGUUAGAUAUGCCAGACUGUGGACUGAAAUUCCUACCAAGAUCACAAUCCAUGAGUAUGAUUCUUUCACAGACUCCUCGAGAAAUGACAUGAAGAGGAAAUUUGCUUUGACCAUGGAAUUUGUAGAAGAGUACUUGAAAGAAGUUGUAAAUCAGCCAUUUCCUUUUGGGGACAAAGAGAAAAACAAACUUACAUUUGAGGUGGUGCAUCUGGCUCGAAAUCUCAUAUACUUUGGUUUCUAUAGUUUUAGUGAGCUGCUCAGACUGACUAGGACACUGCUGGCUAUUCUAGAUAUUGUUCAGGGUCCUAUGUCGUCAUACUUCGAAAGACUAAGCAAAUUUCAGGAUGGAGGAAACAAUGUUAUGAGGACCAUCCAUGGUGUGGGAGAGAUGAUGACACAAAUGGUACUGAGCAGAGGAUCUAUCUUUCCCAUCAGCGUACCUGAUAUACAGCCAAGCCUCCACUCGAGCAAGCAGGCCAGCCCAGACAGUGAAGAUGUGACUGUGAUGGACACCAAAUUAAAAAUCAUUGAGAUCUUACAGUUUAUCCUUAGUGUUAGACUGGACUAUAGAAUAUCCUACAUGCUGUCUAUCUAUAAGAAAGAAUUUGGAGAAGACAGCGAGAAUGUUGAUAGCUCCACCAUCUCUCCACCAGACACACCAGGGCUUGCCUCAGCAAUUGUUCCUGACAUAGAUGAAAUUGCAGCUCAGGCCGAGACAAUGUUUGCUGGCAGAAAAGAAAAAAAUCCAGUGCAACUUGAUGACGAGGGGGGCAGAACGUUUCUACGAGUCCUCAUUCACCUUAUCAUGCAUGACUACCCUCCUUUGCUGUCAGGGGCCCUUCAGCUGCUAUUUAAGCAUUUCAGCCAAAGAGCAGAAGUUUUGCAAGCAUUUAAACAGGUCCAGUUACUGGUGUCUAAUCAGGAUGUGGACAACUACAAGCAAAUCAAAGCUGAUCUUGACCAGCUCCGACUGACUGUAGAAAAAUCUGAACUGUGGGUUGAAAAGAGCAGCAGCUAUGAGAGUGGGGAGCUAGGUGACAGUCAGGCGAAAGGGGGUGAAGAACCAAUAGAGGAACCGAAUAUUUUAAGCCCAGUGCAGGAUGGAACCAAAACACCUCAGAUUGACAGCAAUAAGAGUAAUAAUUACAACAUUGUUAAGGAGAUUUUGAUUAGACUCAGCAAACUCUGUGUCCAGAAUAAAAAAUGUCGGAAUCAGCAGCAGCGAUUGCUGAAAAAUAUGGGAGCUCACUCGGUGGUGCUGGACCUCCUGCAGAUACCCUAUGAAAAGACCGAUGAAAAGAUGAAUGAAGUUAUGAAUCUAGCCCACACUUUCCUUCAGAAUUUCUGUAGAGGAAAUCCUCAGAAUCAAGUUCUCCUCCACAAAAACCUCAAUUUGUUCUUAACUCCUGGUCUGCUUGAAGCUGAAACCAUGCGGCAUGCCUUUAUGAACAAUUACCAUCUGUGCAAUGAAAUUAGCGAGAGAGUAGUGCAGCACUUCGUACACUGUAUAGAGACACAUGGCCGACACGUGGAGUACCUGCGUUUUCUGCAGACAAUUGUAAAAGCAGAUGGCAAAUAUGUGAAGAAAUGCCAGGAUAUGGUAAUGACAGAGCUGGUCAAUGGAGGUGAAGAUGUGUUGAUAUUUUACAACGAUAGAGCAUCAUUUCCAGUCCUCCUACAAAUGAUGUGCUCAGAGCGAGACCGAGCAGAUGAGAGUGGACCCUUAGCCUACCACGUCACGCUUGUGGAACUGCUAGCAGCAUGUACCGAAGGAAAGAAUGUAUAUACGGAGAUCAAGUGCAAUUCACUCCUGCCACUGGAUGACAUUGUGAGAGUGGUGACCCAUGAUGACUGCAUACCAGAGGUGAAGAUUGCAUAUGUGAACUUUGUUAAUCACUGUUAUGUGGACACUGAGGUGGAAAUGAAGGAAAUCUAUGCUAGUAACCACAUUUGGAAAUUAUUUGAGAACUUCCUUGUUGAUAUGGCAAGGGUUUGCAACACAACUACAGACCGGAAACAUGCAGACACAUCUUUGGAGAAGUAUGUCACUGAACCAGUAAUGAACAUUGUGAGUGGCUUCUUCAGUUCUCCAUUUUCAGAUAACAGCACCAGCCUCCAGACACAUCAGCCAGUUUUUAUCCAACUGCUUCAGUCUGCUUUUAGAAUUUACAACUGUACCUGGCCGAACCCUGCACAGAAAGCCUCAGUGGAGUCGUGUAUCAAAACUUUGGCCGAAGUGGCAAAGAACCGUGGGAUUGCAAUUCCGGUGGAUUUAGACAGCCAGGUAAAUACCUUGUUCAUGAAGAGUCAUUCCAACAUGGUGCAGAGAGCGGCCAUGGGAUGGAGAAUGUCUGCCCGCAGUGGACCUCGUUUUAAGGAAGCUCUUGGAGGGCCUGCCUGGGAUUACAGGAAUAUCAUUGAAAAACUACAGGAUGUAGUCUCCUCCUUGGAACAGCAGUUCACCCCCAUGAUGCAGGCUGAAUUCUCAGUGUUAGUGGAUGUAUUACAUAGCCCUGAACUUCUCUUUCCUGAGGGGAGUGAUGCAAGAAUAAGAUGUGGUGCUUUCUUGUCCAAGUUAAUUAAUCACACAAAGAAGCUAAUGGAGAAAGAAGAAAAGCUUUGCAUUAAAAUUCUUCAGACGUUACGGGAAAUGCUGGACAAGAAAGACAGCUUUGCGGAAGAGGGCAACACUCUAAGGAAAAUACUUCUAAAUCGUUACUUUAAAGGAGACUAUGGAAGUGGUAUGAAUGGGCCUCUGUCCGGCAGCUACAGCAAAACUGCACAAGUGGGAGGUGGCUUUUCAGGACAAGAUUCAGAUAAGUCUGGGAUAUUGAUGUCUGAUAUUCAAUGCCUUCUGGAUAAAGAAGGUGCAUCGGAACUAGUCAUAGAUGUUAUCGUAAGCACCAAAAAUGACAGAAUUUUCUCAGAAGCCAUCUUACUUGGUAUUGCAUUGCUUGAAGGUGGAAAUACACAAACACAGUAUUCCACUUACCAGCAAUUGAACGAGCAAAAGAAGUCAGAAAAAUUCUUUAAAGUUCUGCAUGACCGCAUGAAAAUUGCUCAGCAGGAAAUACGAUCAACAGUGACAGUCAACACUAUUGAUUUAGGUAGCAAGAAGAAGGAUGAUGAUAGUGACCUAACUAUAUCUGCUCCAAAAAAGAGAGUAAGGGAUUCAACACUGCACCUGAAACAAGGUAUGAAGGGGCAAUUAACAGAAGCGUCUUCUGCAACAUCCAAAGCUUACUCUGUGUAUAGAAGAGAAAUGGACCCAGAAAUAGAUCUCAUGGGCUCAGGAACAGAUGCUACAAACACAGAAGAAAAGUCCACAGAGGAAGCAACAAUGAGCCCUGCUAUCGCAAUCAUGCAGCCGAUACUGAGAUUUCUUCAGUUGCUAUGUGAGAACCACAACCGAGAGCUCCAGACCUUCCUAAGAAAUCAGAACAACAAAACAAAUUACAACCUAGUGUGUGAGACUCUCCAGUUCUUGGACUGUAUUUGUGGAAGCACGACAGGUGGCCUGGGCCUCUUGGGGCUAUACAUCAAUGAGAAGAAUGUAGUUCUGGUGAACCAAACCCUCGAGAGCUUGACUGAAUACUGUCAAGGCCCCUGUCAUGAAAAUCAGAGCUGCAUUGCUACCCAUGAGUCUAAUGGAAUUGAUAUUAUAAUUGCACUGAUCCUGAAUGACAUAAACCCUCUUGGCAAAUAUUGCAUGGACCUGGUGCUUCAGCUAAAGAACAAUGCCUCUAAGCUUUUGCUGGCUAUUAUGGAAAGCAGGCAUGACAGUGAGAAUGCAGAAAGAAUCCUUUUUAAUAUGAGACCAAGGGAACUGGUGGACGUAAUGAAGAAUGCAUAUAAUCAGGCUCUAGAAUGUGAUGAUGAUGAAGAGAAUGGAGAUAAUAUUUCACCAAAAGAUGUUGGCCACAAUAUAUACAUACUGGCACAUCAGUUGGCUCGCCACAAUAAAACAUUGCAGCAGAUGCUGAAGCCAGGGUCUGAUCCAGAUGAAGGAGAUGAAGCCUUGAAGUACUAUGCCAAUCACACAGCACAAAUUGAGAUUGUCCGUCAUGACAGAACCAUGGAACAAAUAGUCUUCCCUGUCCCCAAUAUCUGUGAAUUCCUCACUCGAGAAUCCAAAAGUCGUGUAUUUAAUACAACUGAGAGAGAUGAACAAGGGAGCAAAGUGAAUGACUUUUUCCAACAGACAGAAGAUCUGUACAAUGAAAUGAAAUGGCAGAAGAAAAUUAGGAAUAACCCAGCCCUGUUCUGGUUCUCCAGACAGAUCUCCCUCUGGGGGAGCAUUUCCUUCAACCUAGCUGUAUUCAUCAAUUUAGCAGUUGCUCUCUUCUACCCCUUUGGAGAUGAUGGAGAUGAAGGCACACUUUCUCCAUUGUUUUCAGUCCUCCUUUGGAUAGCAGUGGCAAUCUGUACAGCUAUGUUGUUUUUCUUCUCCAAGCCUGUUGGUAUCCGACCCUUUUUAGUGUCUGUAAUUCUCAGGUCUAUAUACACAAUAGGACUUGGGCCUACGUUAAUACUUCUCGGUGCUGCUAAUCUUUGUAACAAAAUAGUAUUUCUAGUGAGCUUUGUUGGAAACCGUGGUACAUUCACUCGAGGUUACAGAGCCGUCGUUAUGGACAUGGCCUUUCUCUACCACGUAGCGUACGUCCUGGUCUGCAUGCUGGGCCUCUGUGUGCAUGAAUUCUUCUAUAGUUUCCUGCUGUUUGAUUUGGUGUACAGAGAGGAGACUUUGCUCAAUGUCAUAAAAAGUGUUACCCGAAAUGGCCGCUCCAUUAUCCUUACUGCAGUGCUAGCUCUCAUCCUGGUCUACCUCUUCUCCAUUGUUGGGUUCCUGUUCUUGAAGGAUGACUUCAUCAUGGAAGUGGACCGAUUGAAAAACAGAACACCUAUUGCAGGUAUUGGUGAAGUUCCUACCACAACUCUAACAUCCAUGAUGGAAACAUGUGCAAAAGAAAAUUGCUCUACUGCCCUACCUAUUACCAACCCAGGUGAGGAAGAAAAGGAGAAUGGAAUUGAGAGGACCUGUGACACUCUGCUAAUGUGCAUCGUUACAGUAUUAAACCAAGGCCUGAGAAAUGGCGGUGGUGUGGGGGAUGUGCUAAGAAAGCCUUCCAAAGAUGAGCCCUUGUUUGCUGCCCGAGUUGUUUAUGACCUUCUAUUUUAUUUCAUCGUCAUAAUUAUUGUUCUGAACCUCAUCUUUGGAGUCAUCAUUGAUACAUUUGCUGACCUUAGGAGUGAAAAACAGAAGAAAGAGGAAAUCUUAAAGACGACCUGUUUUAUUUGUGGACUAGAGAGAGACAAGUUUGACAAUAAGACCGUUUCAUUUGAGGAGCACAUAAAGUCAGAACACAACAUGUGGCAUUAUUUGUACUUUAUCGUUCUGGUCAAAGUGAAAGACCCAACCGAAUACACUGGUCCUGAAAGUUAUGUGGCUCAAAUGAUUGUGGAGAAGAAUUUGGACUGGUUCCCUCGAAUGCGAGCCAUGUCCCUGGUUAGCAGUGAAGGUGACAAUGAGCAAAAUGAAAUUAGAAACCUGCAAGAAAAGUUGGAAUCAACCAUGAGUCUUGUAAAACAACUGUCUGGUCAGCUUGCUGAGCUCAAGGAACAGAUGACAGAACAAAGAAAAAAUAAGCAGAGGCUGGGCUUUCUUGGAUCAAACACACCCCUUGUGAAUCAUCACAUGCCACCACACUGAUACCAUGGGGAGAAGCCGUGACUAGCCUUUCAUCGGUAUUCCUGCUUGAUUACAGAAUAAAAAGCGGAGAUUGAGAAGAGUGAACAGUGCCUAUUGUUGCAAAGUUCAAAACAACCAAGUGCCAAGAUGUUAAGUGGUUUAGCUCUGGGAACAAUUUGUAACUGUUUUUCAUGGUUGAAAGGGACCAAAACCUAGAAUGCAAGAAAUACAAGGGAGUUCUGUAUUCAUUCUGCGGGCUAAACUCUGCUGGGUUUACAUUCUGCAACUCAAUUGGCUUCAAUGGGGAUUGUAUACAAUGCAAAUCAGGGCAUUAUUUGGCUGUGUUCUUAAAGUUAAUUUAAGAUUUCUUCUGAAAGUAAUGGAAUAACCAAGGUGUAGGGGAGGAGGAAUAGUUUACCACCACAAAUGCAGCAGCCCUUUUCAGAAUCAGAAGAAGUUAUUUCUUGUUUUAUUUACCAAAUAGCAACAUCUGUUAUAUUUGCUUAUAUUUACUUUUUUUUUUUUUAAUAUUACCAUAAAUACAUCAGCAGGAGGUGUUAUAACAUCACUGCAAGUUAACUUCUGUUAGAGGCAAAAAAAAAACCCCUAUGCUUAGACAAAAAAAAAAAAAGUGGCAAAGAAAAGCAUUAGUGCUUUUGAAUUUUAACUGUCAUCAUGCAAUUUCUUAUUUAUGACAUGGAGCACAAUGGAUUUACAGCUGUGGGAACUUGGAAUUAAUGCACAGAACAGUGACAACAUAACUAGAAGUGAUUUUUCUCCUGGAAUCAGAUGUUCUCUAUUAAUGUAACUGCAAGUGGAGAUUUCACAUAUUAUGAUGUUAAAUCAUGUUUUAAAUUCAAGCUUGAAAAAAGGAUUUAGAACAAAAUGUAUUUUAAAAUUUGUAUUGAGGUGACUUUUUUUGGUAAGAAGCUUAAAAAUGACUACCUAAAAGGAAUUGUAAUGGUGUCAUUACCUUCCAUAAACACACCGUAGGCGCUAUUUGACAUAAGUAAAUUAGGGCCAUAUUUUGCUAUCUUUACUCAGUCCUAGUUUCAGUGGGAAUGUUGCCUGGAUUAUAAAUCUUUUCCUGCUUGCCUUUCGUGCAUGGAACUCCCAUUGAUGUCAGUGGAAGAUAGGGUGACCAGAUGUCCCGAUUUUAUAGGGAUAGUCCCAAUUUUUGGA